AAACAUAGAAUUACUAUGAACUGCAGCAGCAUGUCAUUGACUCCUCUGAGUGUUGCAAGCUGCAUUGAUUUACAUACACUUACCUAAUAUCCCCAAAUGGAUGGUUAUGUGCUGUAUGGUUCUCUGUUCUCUGGUGAAAGAACAGAGAAUUCAUGUUAUUUUGCACGUUUUAAAUUCGGUGUUUCAAUUGUUUCUGUCCUACUUAAAAUUAACCUGUAUUUGGAACAUUCCCGUGUCAGGGAUCAGGUAGAGGGAUGAUACUGCGCAGGGUGUAAGUAGAUGUCAUGACAGUGUGAACUGAUCUUUAUUAGGAUUUGUUUUCUUACAGUCAGAAUCAGGAUAGAGACUGAUCAGAGCUCAUAGGACGGGAAUUGUCCCGCAGCCCAAAGUAAGGACACAUAACAUGUUGUCCGGUGUUAUGGUGUUUCAUCCCAUUGUCCUAGUAUUUGCGAUUGCAAACACAGAUAUUCAAAUUUUACCAAAAUACAUUUUGAAAGUUUUGGAAAUGAAACCAACGUAGGACUUGAUUUAUGAGUGGUAGGGGGGUAGGUAGUGUAAUGGAGCACAGGGCCCUAUGAGUAGAGGACUGGUUUAAAGAGUUUUUCUCACCGGCCGUUAUCAGUCUGGAUAUACAGUACAGGCGUUGCGACAACACGUGGAGUUGAGGCUGUGCUUGGAGUACCACUGCAGAGUUUGUUGAGCUGUUACAGAAAUGUUGUGAUUAAAGUUUAGAGAAGAUUUCCGAUGAUGUUGCCAAGACUAACGGCCCAAGAAUGAAAAGUGACAAUUGAGAGUCAGAGAUAAGGUCAGUGCUAAGUCUUUUCCUGAGGGCAGGGGAGACCAGUACUAGGGAAAUUGAUUUUGUAAGUGAGGGGAAGUUUUAAAAGAGAUAUGAGCAGCAAUAGUUUCAUGCAGAGGUUGGUGAUUAUUUGCAGUGCGCUACGAAAGGAAGAGGAUGAGGCAGGUACAAUAUUAUCAUUUAUGGAACAGUUGUGAUUGGUGGCUGGAUUGAAGGGACCUGAAGUGAUAUAGACCCAUCAAAGGUAAUUGGGACCAUCUCAGUAGGCACGGUGAUCAGCAUGAUUUUGUCAGACUGAAAGGUUUAUGUCCAUGCUGUAUUGCACUGUGAUUCUAUCAGUCGGAAGCACUUCUGGACAGACAUACCGAAUGGUAUGGACGUUGAUGUUAACGGGAAAUGUUUGAUCCCUAAGCCAACUACUGCUCUGAUACAGGGGACCGAUAUACUCUCAUAUUUACAAAUUCAUACUCUCUAUGACUCAUUGUCUCCUUGUGUGGAAUUCAGUGCAUCACCAGUAAGUGGAGCUUUCCUGCACCGGGACCAAAGUUUAAACAAGAAGGCGACGUUCAACAAUCGUCAGUCACAAUCAGAAUGGACACAGAUCUGAAUUCCGCUAUCUCCACCUUCCUGUCACAUUGUGACGAUCACCAACUGUUCCGGUUGACGAGAUUCUACAUGGAGCGGCUGGAGCAGGCGAUUGAAGAGGGUGUGGAGGGUCUCGGCCUGAUGUUAACAGGCGAGGAUCACUUUACUGGGCAGGAGUAUCACAGCGUGACUGAGCUCGCGGAGAAGGGAAACCGAGCGGGCGCUUCCAAACUCCUCCUGGAUCUGGUGAUUGAGAAGGGCUCCGGGGCCCGGAGAGUGAUGUGGGAAUCCUUUCUGAAACUACAUCACCACCUACCGAAGCUGAGCAGAAUACUGAAUGAAAUACGGGAGCGAGGUGAUGGCCAGUUCCCCUACAUGGACACUGAGCGGGGUUUCUCUGAAGUGCCCAAACAUCUGAAAGAUGUUCGAAGGAAACACAAGGAGACUCUGCGGACACAAACUGAAAAACUGAGAGUGAACACGAUCCUGAUGAGUGAGAAGGUGAAGGUUUUCCAGCUGGUUGAUCGAUACGCUGAGCUCACGGUCAUUUCUACUGUUCGAGAUCGGACACUGGUGGAACAUGAGCUGCUGGCAAGAGGCAGAGACCACGAGCAGUGGAGAGAAAAAGAUCUCCGUGGUAAGCUGGAAAAAAUCCGGACUGAUCAGUUAUUCAAGAAGAGCUUUGUUCAAAAAUUGAAAAGAUCUAUCUUUAGAAACAAAUCCGGGAUGUCCGCAGCAGUGGCCGGAGUCCCAGGGAUCGGGAAAUCAACAAUGGUACAAAAGAUUGUUUAUGACUGGGCCACGGGGAAAAUAUACCAAAAGUUCCAGUUUGUCUUCAGUUUCAAAUUCCGGGAUUUAAAUGCCAUUAACUGCAGAAUAAACCUGAAAGAACUGAUUCUGCAUCAAUAUCCCUACUUUGGGAAUAUCCUGAGAGAGGUCUGGAAACACACAGAGGGACUGCUGUUCAUAUUUGACGGAUUGGAUGAAUUCAAGGACAAAAUCAACUUUGUUGAAGGUCGGAGAGACACAGAAUCACAGUACACAGAUCCUGAAUUCAAGUGCAACGUGUCUGACAUUGUGUACAGUUUAAUCCAGGGCAAGCUGCUCCCAGGGUGUUCAGUGCUGGUGACCACCCGUCCCACUGCUUUACAUUUAUUGGAAAAGGCAGACAUCAGUAUCUGGGCUGAAAUCCUGGGAUUUGUUGGCGAGGAACGGAAGGAAUAUUUCAUCAGAUAUUUUGAAGAUCAGACGGUGGCAGAAGCUGUUUUCAAACACGUGAAGGAGAACGAGAUCCUGUACACCAUGAGCUACAACCCAUCCUACUGCUGGAUCCUCGCUCUGGCACUGGGCCCCUUCUUCACACAAAGAGUCAGGGACCCGCAGCGAGUUCCCAAGACUAUCUCCCAACUGUACUCCUACUAUAUUUACAACAUCCUGAAAAACCACGGCCGUGAGACUGAGAACCCCCGUGAUGUGUUACUCAGGGUUGGUCAGAUGGCCUUCAAAGGAGUGUCCGAGAGGAAGAUUGUGUUUACAGAUGGAGAUUUGAUCAAGUACGAUCUGCAGCCUUCCCAGUUCCUAUCCGGGUUCCUGAUGGAGCUUUUGGAGAGAGAGGAUUCUGCCCGGUGCGUGGUGUACACAUUCCCACACCUCACCAUCCAAGAGUUUGUAGCUGCAGUCGCACAAUUCCUGAAUCCACAUCCCGAGGAUAUCCUGAAAUUCCUUACAGAAGUCCACAGCACGACAGAUGGGCGAUUUGAGGUAUUUCUCCGUUUUGUUGCUGGUCUCUCCUCCCCAAUGACAGUUCGGGGCCUGGAGGAGUUUCUGGGUCCAUUUCCUCAUCAAACAACCUGCCGGGUGAUUGACUGGGUGAAGGAGGAGGUUAAACGCCAGAGUGGAAACACAGAGAGUGAAGCUGGUAAAAGGAGCCGCCUGAACACAUUGCACUACGUUUUUGAGUCUCAGAAUCGUGGGCUGGCUCAGGCCGCACUGGGAUCUGUGGAAACACUUUCAUUCCGUGGAAUGACACUGACCCCGAUUGACUGCGCGGUCCUGUCUCAUGUCAUCGGACUCUGUGAUACAAUAAAAAUCCUCGACCUGGGGAUCUGCCACAUUCAGUGUGAAGGAAUACAGCGGCUGGGACCCGGGCUGCACAAGUGCCAGGA